AUGGAAAUUUUGAAUGAAAACAGUACAAGUGAUAACACAAAAGAUAUGAAAUCUGUUGCCGAUAAAGAUGACAAUGAGCCAGCAGAUUUUGAAAAGGCGCUGCAAGCCACCGGAUUUGGUUGUUUCAAUUUGUUGUUAAUUCUCGCAGCAAUACCAGCCAAAUUAUCCAUUGUAUUUUCCACAACAACUAUGGCUUAUAUUCUGCCCAUAGCUGAAUGUGAUCUAAAGCUGACACUAUUCAAUAAGGGUGUACUGAAUGCUGUCACAUUUGCUGGUAUGAUUUCAUCGGCUAUUGUUUGGGGUUAUUUGGCCGAUACCAGAGGAAGGCAGAAAAUAUUAGCCUUUGGCUUAUUGGCUGAUGCGGUGUGUGUAUUGUGUAGUUCGAUGAGCCAGAAUUUUGGAAUGUUGGUGACAUUUAAGUUUUUGGGUGGAUUGAUAGUCAAUGGACCCAGUGCCGUAUUGGUUACGUAUUUAACAGAAUUGCAUGCCGCUCAUCAUCGACCUAGGGUAUUACUACUUUUGGGAAUUGUUACUUCAUUUGGAACAUUAAUGCUGCCCUUGAUUGCUUGGCUUAUUUUACCAAGAGAUUGGGAGUUUGUGAUAAAGGACUUUAAUGUUCACACCUGGCAGAUAUUUUUAUUUAUAUGCGGCUUACCGAGCUUCAUAAGCGGUGUUAUACUUUUGUUUCUACCCGAAAGUCCAAAAUUUCUAAUGUCACAAGGUCAUAAUGCGGAGGCUAUGAAAUCAUUUCAAAUCAUGUAUGCCCUAAAUACACGAAAAGCUAAAAAUACUUUUCCAAUUAAAACCCUGAUCGAAGAAGUUCCAACACGUGAUGUUGUCACAAAUGAAGCUGUUUUCACAAUUGAAAAAUCCUCAGACGUAAAUCCUAAGCGAAUUCAUCGUUCUAUGUCUCAGAGUUUGCGCGAUGGCUGGGAACAAACGAAGCCCAUGUUUAGAAAGCCGCUGCUGACACGUUCUCUGCAUGUUUAUCUAAUGCAGAUUUCAAUAUUAAUGGGAUAUAACACAAUACGCCUGUGGCUGCCACAAUUAUUCGCUUCGAUAUCAGAAUACGAGCAAGAACAUGCCAAUAGUAAAGAAUCCUCUAAUUUGUGUUCCAUUUUAGACUACAGCGUAAAUAAAACAGCAACAAUUGUCACCAGUUAUGAAAAAGAUUGUACUGAGCAUCAAAAUGUAUCGGUUGAUAUGUACAUGAACAACAUGAUUGUUUCUAUUUCGGGAAUUGUGGGUUACUGUUUUGCUGGAAUGAUUGUACGUGCCGGGGGUACCAAACGUUUGCUGACAUUUGGUCUGCUGAUAUCUGGAGCAUUGGGUUUAAGUCUCUAUUGGUCCAGUAGUGGUUUGACUAUAUUAAUCAUAUCCUCACUGUUUAUAACACUGUGUGGAAUAUCAACAUCUUCUCUACUAGGAAUGGUUGUUGGCUUAUUUCCAACUACAUUGAGAACAAUGAUUGUUGCUUUGUCUAUGAUGUUUGGCCGUUUGGGUGCCUUAUCGGGAAAUUUAAUGUUUCCCGUAUUGGUGGAAAUUGGUUGUAUACCGCCAUUUGCCAUGGUAGGAUCAGUAUUGAUAUUUGCUGCUGCCCUGUCAUUUAUGUUGCCUAAGAAGUCAACAUUUACUUAA